AUGGCGAUUACGCUGGAUAUGACGUGUCAAAUCUCUCGGGUCCUCACCACGUUAUGGAUUAUUUUUUCCUUUGAUCACCUGGCUCUCAAGAUCAUCGCCUCGACCACAUUCGUAUCUGACAAGUCGUUGGCUCCGAUCGGGCAACGUCGCUGUAUGAAACCGGUGCCCAUAUUGAUUCCUGAGUGCCAGAACACAUUUUACAAUUUCACUGGCAUGCCCAAUCUGGUUGAACAGGAGACCCAGUUCGAUGCAAGACAUCAGUUACAAACUUUUAAACCGCUCAUCACUUAUAAGUGCUCAAGUAAGCUCAAUUUUUUCCUCUGUUCUGUCUACACACCGAUGUGUGAUGUGAACACAAGGCAUCUGAUUGGCCCCUGUCGGCCGUUGUGCGAACACGUGAGGGCCAGAUGUGCUCCUGUGCUGCGGGUAUUCGAUUUUGACUGGCCUGCUAAUUUAAAUUGUUCCCGAUUCCCGGUGAAAAACAGUGUGGACGGAGCUAUGUGUAUGGAAGGUCCACCGGAUGCUGAAGAGGAGACUGUGUUGCUCACCCCGCAAACUGCGGAUCCCGAAACUAUUCACAACCAUUCUGUGGACAAUCCGGGCGUUGUGAAUGAGGAAGACAAUAAAGAGGGAGAUAAAGCUAGUGAACUCAGUUUGCUACAAGAAAAUUUCGGUGAUCAAUCUGUGGAUGGAGAAACGGAUCCUGUGAAUCAAUGGAUUCUCAAAUUCGCCAAACUUCAGCUGGCCAAAGAACAAGAGGCCAAAGCGUCUCAAGCAAAAUCGAUCAAUCUAGACGGCCCGUCGUCCAUCUCGUUGCUCGCCCAGUCUCUAAGACACUGUUCGCAUUUGAAGAAACCAACGUACUACGUCUAUGUGAAUCGUACGGGACGUUGUGCUCCACUUUGCCAAUCCGACAUUCUGUUUACCCCAGAUGCGAAAUCUCUGGUGUUCAUUUGGACUGGUAUUUUGACGGCCAUAUGUUCUGUAAUUACCACUUUCACUCUGAUUGGGUACGCAUUGGAUACCAGUGUAUUUCGUACUUCCGAACGUCCAAUAAUUUAUAUCACACUUUGUCAAUUACUGUAUGCGUUAGGCUAUGCGCUCAGUCUUGGUCUGGGUCGCGAAACAGUAACUUGUGGACCGGACCUGGACUCCGGACGAGUGAUUCGCCUGCAGGAGGGUUUGGAUAAUUCAGUUUGUGCGCUUGUUUUUAUGACGCAAUACUUCUUCCUGAUAGCCAGUUCUAUCUGGUGGGCCUUGACAACAAUUCACUGGGCCCUAGAAUACAGUCCCUGUUGGAUGACUAGUCUCUGUUGGGACCCAGGCGAAUUCAGCUCGACUCGAAGUCGUUCCAGUGGUGCACCGGAUUCCACAUCUGAUGUGUGGGGUGAUGCGACAGAACCGAAAUCUCUGUUUAUGGGACCUCGUUCCGGCCAUGUUCGUCACCCCUUGGAGCCUGAAUCUGGCUGGAUAAAAGAUAGCACUUUGCAGCAAUCGGUUGGAGGAGAAACUGGACCCGGUAAACCGGGGACAGAUACCGACCCCGCCGGAUCCAUUCCACCGGUUCCCGUCAAAUUGUGCCCACUUAGACCCGGUGAGACAGCAUCUUAUUGUCUGCAGAAUGGCAAGGUUGUGCCCACACAUCAACUGUUCGGCUGGACUCCAUCCCAUCAGACAGCUUUGGCAGCGCAUCGGUAUUCCACUCGCCCGUCAGAAGAUCGAUUUGCUGCCUGCCUAGCACGAGAACACGUGAUUGUUUGGCUAACCUCUGGUCUACUGACCGUGGGUGUACUUGUGAGCAGACAAGUGGACGCGGAUGAGCUGAUUCCGGUCUGUGGUGUUGGACGUCAGCAUACGAAGGCAAUGGGUGCAUUUGUGAUCGGUCCCCAGCUGACUUUAACUAUAGUCGGAUUACUCACGCUGAUAAUCGGUGGUAUAUUGGCAUUGGUUCGACGAAAGCGCGUUUUGCGUCGCGCCCAGGAACGUCGUCGAAGCAAUCGGGGAGCAGAAAUACACACAUCGGAUAGCAGCCGUCUUUUACGUAAUAGCCCAGUGGGUCAUGCAAAUGAAUUUACCACGAAAUCUCGGAAUUCCCGUACACAGUACAGCGCUAGUGUUCAAGAACCUAGCCGCCGUCAGUCAUCCAUGCCACCGGAGUCAUUUUACGGCCCGGCUCGCGUGCCCUAUGCAAUUCCCUAUGUUCAUAGUAGCUCCUACGCAUCAAACGGUUGGCUUCGAAUGGGGCUGUUCUGUUUCUUGUAUCUUCUUCCAGUGACUUGUGUGACUGCUUGCGAUUUGUACGAGUAUUUGUCACGCGACAAAUGGCUUCGCGAUAGUGCGUACAAAAGCCCCAAUCCAGAUCCAACUGGACAACCGUCGCCAUCAAUUCCGUUUCCUCCAAAAUUAUGGAAACCAGAAGAAGUAGUCGGCCCGAGUCCGGAAUUGUUUAUGCUUCGUAUUUUUAUGUCUCUUGUAACUGGAUUCACAUCCGCCUUAUGGAUAUGGUCCGUCAAAGGAUGCAGACCAUGGGAUCGGGUUUGUCGACCACGUCGCGGAGUGUGUCCUGCCCGGUGGUGUUUACAUCGUUGGUGGGCCAAAAAGUCCACUGCAUCUUAUUCAGACGUAGUCGGUUCUUCAUGGUUCAAGCCUGCAACGGUUAACCAGUCCGAUAAGUGCACGUUUGCUCAGGAGCGCACGUUUGGAGUAAUGGGAAGCAAUCAUGCCCCUUGUGGAAAACCAGCCGGACCCUGUAUACCCGGUAUCGUUUAUACAUCUCAUCCCUACGCAGUGUAUCAGUACCAUGCCCCAGACGCAGGAACUGGUCGAUCAAACAGCCAAGAAAAUCCCAACGACGAUACGGGUACUCGUUUACCUGCGACUGGUUGUCCGACUUCAGCUAACAACGCUGCCACAGCCACUUCUGCUGCCUGGAAUCCCAAUCUGCCAGUGGUGAUCGAUCCAGGUAAUCAGACAAUGUGCGCUACUCAAGGUCCGGAAACACAGCAUUCGAAUGCCACAACACCAGGUUACUACAGCCAAGCAAAAGUUGGCUCAGCCAUCGAACCAAAUCUUUCAGACACGUUCAGCGAGGAAUCUCCUAUUCCACCUCCGUUGCCUGCCUCAAGUCGACCGCAGUUACCAGCUCGCGGAGAUCCGUGCAUCGGGGCUGCAACUCCACAUGUUACAUCCUUAACCACAUCUGCACCAGCUCCGAGCGUAAUGACUCAGCGGUUCAGCUCGUGA